AUGGUCCACAAAGUCCUCUUCUGGGGCGGCUUCGGCAUCGCCGUCCGUCUCUGGCAACUCGGCAUCGAAAUGCGUCCCAUCCUCGCCAAGGAAUCCCUCUGGGUGUACCCCCUGUUCGCCGGCGUCGGCGGCAGCUUCGGAUACUGGCUUCAGGGCGUCGAGAGCCGACAACUGAAGAUCCUCGCACAGCGCCGGGAGGCCAUCCUCGAGAAGCGCCGGAGAAGAGACCAGCAGGUGGAUGAGACGGGUGCUCUGGCCGCGACGUCGUGA